AUGCAAUUAGAAUCAGAACUCACACUUGAAAAGGCAGUUCAAAUGGCUAGACAAAGUGAAAUCGUAAAACGACAGGUCAAAGAUCAGCACGAUAAAGAGCGAGGGUCAGCGGACGAGGUCAGCCGCGGAGCCAGACCAAAACAGUCUUUGGGAGAAUAUCGGGCGCCGAAGCAAAAUCCAACAAAAAAGAAACAACAUAGGACACCAAUGCCUAAAGGACAAAAACAAUGUACUAGGUGUAACCGGACGCAUAUUCAGGGAAACUGCCCCGCAAAAGGGAAAAACUGUCUCAAAUGUGGAAAGAUGGAUCAUUUCUCUGUGUGCUGCAGAACUAAAACACUAAAUGAACUCGCAGAAAAAAGUGAUUAUCUGGGAACAAUAGAAACAGGAGAUGGUCAAUGGAGAGCCAAACUAAAGGUGAGACAUUUGUUAGUCUGUUUUAAGAUAGACACUGGGGCUGAUGUUACGGUGAUACCUGAAACUGUAUACUUAUCUCUAGGAAGUCCAAAAUUAAAGAAAACAAACAAAAACCUAUUUGGCCCUGGAAAUAAGAAAUUGAAUGUCUUAGGUUCUUUUACCGAAACGUUAUCAAGCCAAAACAAGUACUCAGUAGAAGAAAUAUAUGUCGUGCGUGGCAUUGAUCGUAGUCUAUUGGGCAGACCUGCAAUUAUCGGUUUAAAUUUGGUCAAGCUUAACAUCGAUGAAGUUACUUCGGUAGAUUCUGUUAAGCGCACCCAUCCUAGAUUGUUUAGGGAGCUAGGACAGUUAGAUGGAGAAUACCGUAUUUCCCUUAAUGAAGGAGCGAAACCGUUUGCUCUAGCAGUACCGCGACGUGUACCUAUUCCAUUGCUUCCAAAAGUAAAAGCUGAACUUGAAAGAAUGGAAAAGUCGGGCGUCAUUUUCAAGGUCGAUCAAAGCACUGACUGGUGUGCAGGCAUAGUCUGUGUACCAAAAAGCGAUUCUAACGUUAGAAUAUGUGUUGACCUUACACAGUUGAAUAAAAAUGUACGCCGUGAAAAUUAUCCCUUGCCCAUUAUUGAUCAAAGUUUGGGGCGGAUGGCGGGUGCAAAGUAUUUCAGCAAGCUGGACGCCAAUAGCGGGUUUUGGCAAAUAAAUCUUGCACCAGAGAGUCAGUUACUCACAACAUUCAUAACGCCGUUUGGUAGGUUCGCAUUUAAACGACUGCCUAUGGGGCUUAGCAGCAGUUCUGAAUAUUUUCAGAAGCGAAUGUCGCAAAUCCUUGAAGGCAUAGACGGUGUUUUAUGCCAGACUGACGAUAUUCUAGUUUAUGGACGGACAAGUGAAGAGCAUGACUCGAGACUAGAGACUGUCUUAACUAGGCUAGAAAAAGCAAACUUGACUCUUAACCAAGACAAAUGUGUGUUCAAGAAAACUCAGGUAAAGUUUGUUGGACAUAUGGUUGGCCAAGAUGGCAUAGCUGUAGACCCUGACAAAGUCAAGGCUAUUAGGGACUUGGCACCUCCUAAGGAUGUGCACAGUGUUCGAAGUUUCAUGGGCAUGGUCACACAGCUAGGAAAGUUUUCCCCACUUCUAGCUGAGUAUUCAAAGCCAAUUAGAGAUUUGCUGAGUAGUAAAAAUCAAUUUUACUGGGGUAGUGACCAACAGGAAGCAUUUGAUAAGAUCAAGUGUAUUUUGACAGAAACACCUGUUCUUGCACUGUAUGACCCAAACAGAGAGACUACUCUUAUGACGGACAGCUCCAAUUAUGCAAUUGGUUGUGUAGUGCUCCAGAAACAAGACAAUGGGGAAUUCAAGCCAGUUUCAUAUGCUUCAAGGGCUUUAACUCCAACAGAACAAAGGUAUUCAACCAUAGAGAAAGAAGCUCUAGGGGUCACAUAUGGAUGUGAAAAGCAUAAGGACUUCUUAAUAGGGAAAUCCUUUACUAUAGUUACUGACCAUAAACCAUUAGUACCACUUCUGGGACAAAAGGACUUGAGUGAAUUACCAGUACGAAUACAACGUUUCAGACUGAGACUCGUGCAAUUUUCGUACACAAUUUCACAUAUGCCUGGUAAAGAGUUAAUCAUACCUGACCUACUUAGUAGACAUCCAACGUGUGACAGUUUGACAUUUGAGGAUAGGCAAAACUGCACUGAAACUCAAAUGUAUGUUGAUUUAGUACUUAAAAGUUUGCCAGCCACAGACAAACGACUGCAGGAAAUAAGGUCAAAGCAAAUGUCAGACUAUGUCUGUCAAAAAUUAAUUGAAUUUACUCAAAAUGGGUGGCCUGAAUCAGAGUCAUGUGAAGUUUCAAAAUUAUAUUGGAAAUUUCAAGGUGAAAUUACUGUAAACAAUGGGUUGUUAAUGAGAAAUGACAGGCUUAUUAUUCCAUCUGAAUUGAAAACAGAUAUUUUGGCUAGGUUACAUGAGGCCCACCAAGGGAUCAAUAAAUGUAGAUCAAGGGCAAAAGAAUCUGUUUGGUGGCUAGGAAUAAGCAAAGACAUUGAAAAUCUUGUUAAAGGGUGUGAUACUUGCGCUAAAAUGCAAAACGAAAAAAGAGAGCCAUUGAUUGCUACACCUUUUCCAGACAGGUGUUGGUCUAAGUUAGGUUCAGAUUUGUUUCAAUGGCGCGGUUGCACAUAUUUGCUGGUGAUAGAUUAUUAUUCUCGCUACAUUGAGAUAGCUAAACUCAGUUCACUGUCGUCUGCGACUGUUGUUGCGCAUCUUAAAUCAAUCUUGUCACGUCAUGGACUAUGCGACACUAUAGUCACAGACGGAGGUCCGCAAUAUGUUUCGGAUACUUUCAAACAGUUUUGUGCUGAUUACGGUAUUGAGCACAUAACCUCAAGUCCGAGGUAUCCUAUGGGUAAUUCAGAAGCUGAACGUGCCGUACAGACUGUCAAACGUCUGCUGAACGCGUGUGAUGAUCCGUAUCUCGCUUUGUUGACAUAUCGGGCUACUCCGUUGCAAAAUGGGCUUUCGCCAAGUCAGUUGUUAUUCGGGCGUCAGAUUAAAACUACACUCCCUCAAGCGCCACAAAAGCUUGAUCCGAAACCGGUAAAUUCUAGAGAGAUACAGCAGAAAGAAAAGAAUUACCGUAAUUACUCCAAAGAAAAUUACGACAGGUCUAGACGCGCUCAGUACCUUCCUCCACUGAAGCAAGGGGAUGGGGUAUUUGUGAAAGACAUGAAUAUUGAGGGUAAAAUAAUAAAAGAAGAUUCACGACCGAGAUCAUUUGUUGUAGAAACUCCUAAAAGUAUUAUUUCCAGAAAUCGUAGACAUUUAAUUAAACUGAACAAAACAGUAAGCUUUGAUAAAGAAAUUGAUAUCCCAUUCCAGUCACCAGUGUCUAACGAACAAUCAGACUCGCAACUGUCUCCUAAUCAAAACACAUCAAAUGCUGAAAGUUCAAACAGUGUUGUUACAAGGUCUGGGAGAAUUUCCAAACCGCCAGAUCGUUUAAACUUGUAA